UCUCAUUAUCUUAAUUCCCAGGAAUCUUUCUUGCAAAUCAGUCCAGGGAGUUCAUUUGUUUUUCACCAUAGAUAAAGUUGUUUGUUAAUUUGUUUAGGUCGUAGCUCAAGGAGAGUUGUAUGUCCUCUCUCUCUCUGUGUUUUCAGGCUGGAAUCAUUGGCAGCAGCUAGAGUCUCAGGACAUGAAUGUCCACUGAAGCGAAUGUCUUGGAGGGGUUGGUAGAACGUUGUUUUGUUGAUAAAGAGAAGAAUAAUGUCUGUAUGUGGGAUGACGGGACCAGGGCUUGGUCUGUCUGUGUUCCUGUUGGCUCUGCUUCAUCUUCAAUGCUCAGCCCUGAACAACUACACUACGCUCCCAAAUAACGUAUCAGUGGCUGUUGGCAAGCCUGCUGCCUUCCAGUGUGGUGUGUCCCCUCCUAGACAACUCAACUUCACUCUCUAUGGUAGCCAUGGAAACAGAACCCUUAUCUGCCCAGGAGACCACACUGAGUAUCUGGCUGCCCAGUCAAUAAAAGGGUACUGUGAUAACACAGGUAAGGAGCUCUUUGCAAUAUGGCUUAUCAGUGGGACAUCCCGCUCUGACAACCACACACGUGUGGUAUGUGAGAGCUCAGGACGACCACUAGUGGAUGGAUACCUCUGGGUGUACGAGGACGGCAGUUACUUUGCCACCCUCAUUGGCUGCGUCAUUGGUGGUUUCUUUGGUAUCCUCAUCGUCUUUGGUCUGUCAUACACUGUGCUCAGGAGAUCUGAGAGGUUCCAGCUCUGUUUCAGGGGGAAAGAUCGUGAGGAUGACGUCACCACAAUGGUGACAAAGGAUUAAACACACACCUUUCAAUACUGUUGUAUUUACUUAUUCAACUUCUUAAAGGUGGCACUUUGUUUUUUUUUUGCAUAGGCAGAAUUUUGAUUGUAAUUUCUAUUUUGUUUUACUGUUCUAUUAUUUGCUUAUCUAGCAGUAUGCAGUAUCUGAUACUGGCAUCAGUUUCCUGUGUUUUUUAUCUUAUUAAAUGUAGCUAAACAUAGCAAAUUAAACAAAAUGUUGCAUUUUGAAAACUUCUUACAAAAGUCCCAUAUAUCAUAUUCUCUCCCAUAAGCUUUUAGAUUUGUUUUGCCUUGGUUUGUUCAGUCGCAGUUCUACUAUUUGUCCAACAGAGAGCAGCCAUGACAGUACAGAAACUGAAGUUCAAUGAUGCUGGGAUACUACUAAAGCGUUUGAUCAUGUACUAUAAUUGUGCGUCUCUGACUUUUCCAGAAUACUGAAUUGUAUGUUCAUUUUUUAUACUGUGUUUUAUAGCUCCAUUAAUUGUUUUACAGUUAUGCUGGCAGCCAGCUAACACCUGUUUUCACUGCAUAAACAAUAGAGAGAAGGAUGUCUGAGUAGCUGUCUAAAGUGUUCCAGUGGAGGAUCAGUAGAGGUGGUGCGAUGUUGACUCAGCUGGCCUGCUAUGCUGUGGUAUGACUCUGACACAGACACAACUCACAUCCCUCCAGAUCCCACAAUAUGCAUUGCUUAUUUGUUUAGAAUUACAUACAUUCUUUGAGAUGUAUUUAUAUUUUUUAUGCAUGCUCCCCAUCUUCAGAGUGGCUUGUCAGCGGAUAUGGUCAAAUGCUCAAAGACCCUUAGAUGGUUUGUAACAAGUAAGAGUAGUGUACGUUUUGAGUGUUCCAGCAUGAGCGUGCUUGUGUCAGUGCAUGCAGGCAUACUUACAUACCACACUUUUGUUUAAGUCUAAGCUAUGCACCGGAGUUGUGUCAGUGAUGAUGCAUUCAUAUUAUAGUAAUACAGUGUGUUCCAUUUGUAUAGGGGCAGUGGAAUGUGUUGUUUUGGCUCUGUACACUUUGGAUUUGAAAUGAUUCAAUGACUAUGGUUUUAAAGUGCUGACUGUCAGCUUUAUUAUUGUGGUCCUUCUGUAGCUCAGUUGGUAGAGCAUGGCGCUUGUAACGCCAGGGCAGUGGGUUCAAUCCCCGGGACCACCCAUACGUAGAAUGUAUGCACACAUGACUGUAAGUCGCUUUGGAUAAAAGCGUCUGCUAAAUGGCAUAUAUUAUUAUUAUUAUUAUUAUUAUUUUGAGGUUAUUUUUCAUCCAUAUCGGGUGAACCGUUUAGAAAUGACAGCACUUUUUGUAAAUAGUCCCCCCAUUUGGACAAAUGCACUUAUAUGUGUAUUCAUCGCACACAAUGACUACAUCAAGCUUGUGACUCUACAAUGUUUUUUAAUGCAUUUGUUGUUUGUUUUGGUUGUGUUUCAGAUUAUUUUGUGCCCAAUAUAAAUGAAUGGUCAAUAAUGUAUCGUGUCAUUUUGGAGUCACUUUAAUUGUAAAAUAAGAAUAAAAUGUGUUUCUAAACAUUUCUGCAUUAAUGUGGAUGCUACCAUGAUUACGGAUAAUCCUGAAUGAAUCGUGAAUAAUGAUGAAUGAGAAAGUUACAGACACAAUCCAUGAUUUACCAUUCCUAUGUAUUGGGCGCAAAAUCAUCUGAAACACAACCAAAACAAACAGCAAAUGCAUCCAAUAAAUGUGUAGAGUCACAAGCUUGAUGUUGUCAUUGUGUGCUAUGAAUAUGGGACCAAAUACUUAACGUCUUACUACUUUAAUACACAUACAAGUACAUUUGUCGUAAUACUUUUGGUGCCUUAUAAUGGGGGAACUAUGUUGAAAAAGUGCUGUAAUUUCUAAAUGGUUCACCCGAUAUGGAUAAAAAUAUCCUCAAAUUAAAUAUGACACUCUGCACGUCAACCUCACAGUCAUGAUAUCAUUUCAAAUCCAAAGUGCUGGGGUACAGAGCCAAAACAAACCAAAAAUGUGUCACUGUCUCAAUACUAUUUUAAAGAGAUGUUGUGCAAAGAAGAGAGCAGGGUUUUUGUGGAGGGAAUGUCUUAUGUGUGUGUUGUACCUGUGUGUCAGCUUUACCCUUUGGAUAGCCCACCCUGACUGUCUCUUGUGUGAGUCUACGACAACCCUUUCCCUGUGGCCACUGGUUCUGUAGACUAUGUAGCUGAGAUAUGUGGAAGGUACCCAAUUGUCAUACUUGAGUAAAAGUAAAGAUACCUUAAUAUGAAAGGACUCAAGUAAAAGUGAGUCACCCAGUAAAAUCCUACUUGAGUAAAAGUCUUAAAGUAUUUGGUUUUAAAUAUACUUAAGUAUCAAAAGUCAAUGUAAUCUCAAAAAUAUACUUAAGUAUCAAAAGUAAAAGUAUAAAUCAUUUCAAAUUCCUUUUAUAUAGCAAACCAGACGGCACUCAUAUUUUUAUUACAUAUUUGUUUUACACAUAGCCAGGAGUGCCCUCUUACACUCAGACGUAAUUUACAAACAAAGUACUUUUGUUUAGUUGGUCUGCCAGAUCAGAGGCAGUACAUAUGACCAGGAACGUUGUCUUGAUAAAUGCGUGACUUGGACCAUUUUCCUGUACUGCUAAGCAUUCCAAAUGUAAUGAGUACUUUUGAGUGUCGGGGAAAAUGUAUGGAGUAAAAAGUACAUGAUUUUCUUUAGGAAUGUAGUGAAGUAAAAGUAUACAUUGUCAAAAAUAUACAUAAAUAGUAAAGUAAAGUACAGAUACCAAAGAAAAAACUAUGUAGGUAGUACUUUAAAGUAUUUUACAUCACUGGGUAUGCAGGUAUGCAGUCUUCCAAUCAAUUAGAUUGCACUAUAUGGUCAGUUUUGAACAUUGUGGAAAAGUUGUGUUAUCAUCAGUAAUAAAUGUGUUAAAACUA